AGGCAGCUCCCUCCCAGAGAGAGAGAGACAGAGACAGAGAGACUCAUCCAGAGCCUGAGUGGACCCGAGAGAGGCUGUCCCAGAGAGUUCCCUCUGCCCCCUGACAGCAUGAAGACUGAAGCCAGGUUCUUGGAGCUGGAGAAUGGGGGGCUGCUGCCCAUCAGGGAGUCCGGCUCCAACACAAGCUGUUUCUGGCGGACUCUGUGUGCACUCGCUGUCCUCGGCUUGUUGCUGCUUUCUACCUCUCUCCUCCUGCUUCAGUUUGGAGUGCUCCCUACAAACCAGGAUUCAGGGUUAAAGCUGGAAGUCUCCCAUCCCUCACUGACAACAGCUGCUCAGACCAGCGGUUUGCCUCGACUCCUGCAGCAGGUGGGGAGUGACCCCCGGCCGAGAAUCGCAGCUCACCUGACAGCUUCCCCAACCAGCAAAGGAGGGACCGUGAUUUGGCAGAAUGAGAGUGACUCCACCUUCACCGAGGGGCUGGAGUUCAGGGACAACCGUCUCAUCAUCAAGAGGCCUGGACAGUACUUUGUCUACACCCAGGUGGUCUUCCACAGCAUGGAGUGUCAGCCCCAGGCCGUCUACCUGAGCCACGAACUCACCAAGCUGUCGCCAAGUUAUCCCGAGGAAGCCAUCCUACUGAAAGCCACCAAAUCCGCCUGCCACUCUCACCAACGCAAGGAGCCCUGGUACAAAACCUCCUACCAGGGAGCCAUCUUUGAGUUCCUGGAGGGAGAUCAGAUCUUCUCCAGGGUUAACGAGGAGACAACGGGAUAUGUAGACACAACCGAAGGGAAGACUUUCUUUGGAAUAUUUGCUGUCUAAUUCUCCCGGGACCUGCAGAUUGAUUAUCAAUGACUGAUCAAGAAUUUCACAUUGAAAUUCUGUGCAAACUGACAAAGACACAUUGUCUUCUUAUUGUUACUUGUAUACAAACUAGAUUCAUUUCUCUUGGAUUUGAUUUCAAGAGUUUCCAACAACAGAAGGUGUCCGAUGUGUGUGGCUUUGAGGAUUGGCUGGUGCAGUGAAGUAUCAGAGUAAAUAUCCAGUGUUGCAAUUCCAGCUUUGUACAAAACACAGAAUGGGGUUGGUCAGGGAAUCUGUGCUUGCCUCCAGCUAACAUCUAGGCUUGAGGGACCGAAUGGCCUCCACCUGUCACUAUAAUGUCCCUGCUUCUAACAUCCCUUUAACACUGGGCCCAGGUGGAGGUGACUCACUGCUGUGUAACACUGAUCCUGUUGGAUGAGUGAAUGUGGUUGGAACAAUGUGAAGGGAGUUGUUCAGAAAUUGCAUUCCUAAUCUGCUGUUUCUGAUUGCCGUGAACACAAAGCCUCGCAGAUCGUGUAAUUUAUUUCAUAUUUAAAUUGUGUUUUCUGUUGCUCACUUUAUUUGAAUUUGUCCUCUUCAGGUAGAAAUCCAUUUGUCUAACCCUGGAGUUAAAAAGACCUCCGGGAUCCUGGGUCUGAUAUUCAGACUGGUUAUUCCCUGAGACCAGGUACUGCUCCUUGAAGAGGAUGAUCUAUUCCUCAUUAUUGAUUUCCAUUCCAAAGGAUCACUGCUGUCUUUGUGAAAAAUGAAGCAAGUUCAUUGAGUUGGCUGUUGGGUGAGGAAUGCCAAAGCACCUUCUCAGCAGGGCAUUGGCUUUCUACCUCGACAAUGUGAUUGGUCAAAUCUUCACAGACUCCUCCCUCCCUUGAGUCCAUAUGGUCAGCCCUGCAGUUAAAAUGGGGACAGAACACUCAGCGAACACUAAGAGUUGGCUCCCUCAAUGUUGGCCUGGGCCUAACCUGAUGGGACUAUAUUGUGCUCCUCCAGCUUCGUCCUCGUCAAUGUUGGAGGGGAUUCUUUGCUGCUCUGAUCCAAGGGGAAUGGUUGAGAUUGUUCCUUCAUGGAAAUGUCAGCUUCCCUUUGUACCUUGUACUCUCCAUUGGUCACCCUUCAGACUGGGUAAUGCACAGUAAGAUCCCAGUAAUACACCUGAUUGGCUCUGCACACCGUGAGAUUCUCUAUCUCGAAUGAGGGACCACUGAAAUUGAAUUGCAGUUCAUCGACCAACCUGAGUGUUUAUGUAACACUGUAACAUCUGUUCUAUAGGUGUCUGUUAGUGACAAUGAUAUUGUCAAUGUUAAGAUAUUUCAGAUUAAGAUAAGAUAUUAUUUAAUUCUAU